AUGAUUAUCCAAACAUUUUACCCAAUUGGAGAAAAUGAAUCAUUUUUAAAUGAAGGUGUUAGAACAUCUAAAAAAAUGAUAAAGGAAUUAAAGUUACACAGUUUUGUAACCCAAUUACCAAUCCAACCAACUACUUUGGUUGUCAAUUAUUUUACCGUUCAUCAACAAAAAGAUGAACAAGAACUAUUAGAUAUUCAAAAUGUUCAACAACAAGAAGUUAAUCAACAAAAUUUAGAACAUAAUGGAGAGGAGCAACAAUUACACCUCUCAUUAACUUUUGAACAUCAUCCUAUAGAUAGUGACGAUGAUUACAAUUGGAAGUGCUAUCAAGAUCCAAAUUCACCACCAUCAAACCCAAAGUCACCAUCUCAAAAUAAACAAGUACAGGAGGAGAUUAGUCAAGACCAAUUUGAAGAAAAAGAACAAGAAGAGAGUCAAGCUGGGGAGAUGACAUUAUCCCAACAAAUUGAGGCAAACAAUUUUCAAGAAUUUUUAAAUAAUCAUCAAGAACCUGAACCAAUAGAUCCAUAUUCACCAGUAAAGGAAAAAAAAGAAGAAAAUAAUCAAGCCGAUGAACAAAAAGAAGAAAAUAAUCAAAAUUCAACAUUAUUACAUUUUAUGCUAUAUACAACUAUUAAAGUUUCAUUGAUUAAUUUACAUUAUGUAUACAAAAAAGAUGAUAAUGUAAAAAAUUAA